AUGAGCGAUAGCUCUGAUUCUUCCAAUUCCUCCAUUGUCGACACGUUGUUAUUCAAGUUUAUUGUAAAGAUAACACCACAUCUUGUACCAAGCAAUUUAUACGCUCUGAAAGUUGAUGCUCCUUCUCUUUUUGCUAUCUUUUGCACAAAGACCAAGCAAGAUGCUCUGACUGUCUAUGAUUUUAGUGGUGACGCAAUAAUAUCUAGACAAAUGGCCACAGGGUCUAAGGAUGCCAUGUUUGGCUCUUUCUUUGGUCUGAUCGCAAUCAAAGAUGUAUGUAACAGCUAUGGGUUAGAAUUUGCUCACAGCAUAUGCGUGCUGCCUGGUUUAAAUCCUGCCUGUAUAAAUGGUACGGUGAAAAAACUGAUUCCUGUCGAGACGUGUCUGUCGUAG